UUAUGGAAGACACUGCCACAUGUGACAGAGGUAUAUUGUAGGAAUUAAAUACAUAUUGUAAUAAGUAUGGAGUAUUUGUUAUCUGGGAUUCUUCUUGGUCUGUUACUGUGGGUAUCUGCAGAAGAAGUUGAUAUGGAAAAUUAUCAGCCCUGCUUGGACCAUAAGGGUAAAGAAGUCUCUCAUGGGGAUCGUUUCUUUCCUCUGAGUAGCGAUCCUUGUACCCAGUGCACUUGUUUGAAUGGAAAGCCUCAGAUGUGUAUUGCUGUUUUCUGCUCUCCGCCUGAAAACUGUCGCCAAUACCAUGCUUUGAGCGAUAAAUGUUGUGAAUUUGUUUGCUUGGAUAGAGAUUUUCCUAAUAAAGCAUCAGGAAAUAGCACAUAUCCAGGCAAGGAUGAUUCAGAUACUCUGAGCACUACAAAUUUAGGUCUGAGGCUUGUUGCUAGCACUGUCACUUCCUUUUUGAUUUUAGCUUUGCUUCUGUUUAUGAUUCAUCGUCUUCGUCAAAGAAGAUUACUGCUCAUGAUCAGACGUUUUCAUGCUAGAAGAAUGGACAAUGGAAAUGCUCAUUUAUCUAGAAGAUUUUCUGAAGAUGAAGAUGGAAGUGUUGGUUAUUUUGUUGGACAUGAUCAACUGGAUUUUAGCCGCUAUGAUGAACCGCCUCCUCCUUAUACUUUAUGGAAACCACCUGAAAUGUACAUUCCUCCUGGUGAAGCACCACCUCCUUAUGAUCUCUCAGUACAGUUAACUGCACCAUACACUGGAAGUACAAGGUACAACUAUGUACCUGCUGAACAGGUUAGUGUGACACAAGAAGAUGUUAUAGUGCAUGCUGAAAAUCAAGAUGUUCCAUCACAUAAUACUGCCACAACUGAAUUGUCUGUAUCAAACACUAAUGCGAUGCCAGAUGGUAAUAAUUUGGGACCAAACUGUAGUAUCUGUACUGCAGCAGAUAUUGAAGUAAACAAUUCAGUAAAUUCAGCCGAUCGAGCAAUUUUGCCUCCUGAUAUACAGUAUGAAGAAUCAUCUAGUUAUCGGUCUAACAAUCCUGUAACAUGUGCAACAGAGGCUGAAAUAACUGUGAUUAAUUCUGAAGUUAGGAAUGAAGACGUUAAUGCUAAUGUUGCCAGUACUAGCAGCUCUUGUGAUGACAAUGUGGUUCCAACUACUAGUACAUGUACCUGUACUCUGACUUCUAAGAAAGGAAAAUCGUACAAGCGUCAUUCCUGUAGUGAAUUUGUAGACCAAAAUAGAUUGAGAUUAGCUUCAGGAAAGAGUAAUCAAGAUAAACGUCUCAGUCUAUAUUCCUCAGUUAAUCAGGAAAACAAUAAUUUAUAUCCUGAUCCAACAUCGUGGUGUGGUGAAGCAAGUGAAUCUUCUAGCAGUUCUAGUCCCACUUAUGAUCAGCCUACUUUUAGUCCUAGUAGCAGUGACUCAAGUUCUGCAGAUGCUGAAUUUUCUCGUGAUUCUCAUGCAGAUCAGACGAAUGCUGGCAGUGUUCCUUCUAGAUUAGCUGUAAAUAAGACUGUAAUUCCAAGAGAAUUAGCAUUUGAGAAUUCGCGAAGUCGAGAACUGUCGGACGAUACUUCAAAACCUCCUAAUUUUCAAAAAACUUUAUCAAAUUUGAAAAAAUUUUCCUUAAUGAAGAGGAAAAAGAAGAAAAGACGAAUGGAAAGACCAAGUGAAAUAAGUUGCAGUUUUGUUUGCCAGUCUAUUGCAGAUAACUUACAUUCUGCUCAUCAACCAGUAUUUGAGGAUGGUAUGGACCUUACAGCAAGAAAUUCAGCUGAAAAUAUUUCUCGUCCUUUGGAGGCUAUUAAUCCUCACAUAGGACAUAAACUUGCAAGCAGUGGUCUCAGAACACAAAUAAGACCUACAAGUAUAAAUAUUCCUGGACAGCAUUACGGACAGUUUUCUAGAAGAAAUGAUGGAGCUGGUCCUAGUUUUCUUUCAUAUGGAGAAAAUGCCUGCUGCUCAUCUGUUGUGACAGUUUCUGGCAAUACAAUGGAAAGCAAUUGCUCACCUUGUUGUAAUGCAUCUAGCCCAGAUUCAAUUUGUGAAGACCAUGGAAAUCAGUCAGAGGUUCAUGCUGUUCAGUCAACACGUUCUCUUAAUAGGCAAGGUAUUUCACGUUCUGGAUCUAUUUGUUCUGAGACCGGUGAACGUCGGCAUCAUAGAUCUGCAGGUUCUUCUCCAACUAUGUUGUCUCGUUCAAAUCACCCUUUAGAAGGAAGUAGGUAUUCUGAUACUCGCUAUGCAUCAUCUUCUCACUUAACAAAUGACAGAACAGUAAAUAAUAGGAGCAGCUUCCAAGGGCCAGAAUCUGAUGAUGGAAAUGUGAGACAUAUUCCCGUGUGGAUAGUGAACUCGGUAGCCAUUGCUUCUAGACAUGAGUAUGAUUCCCCCAAUGUUCAUUCCUCUUCUAUUCGACGUUCAGCUAGUGGAAGCUUCGGUGAAAGUUCUCGAUCAGUGGGAGAUAUUAGUUCUCCUUUAGACUUUAGAGAUUCAGUGCUAUCCUCUGGUAGCAGUUGGGAAGCAUGUAGUCAUCUAUGAUGAUAAAAAUGUUAUUGUUUAAAAUUAUAGCAGCGCAAAUACAAAAUAAGCCUUCAGUUGUAAAAAUAAUCAAAUUUCAAAUAAUCAAAAAAAAAAAAAUUAAUUUUUCUUCACUAAAUAUGCUAUUAAAUUUAUAUUAAUUUAGCUUAAAAAGGCCUUGGUAUAAGCUUCAGGUGAAAGUCUGACUAUGGCUGUCUUUUAUUUACUAGAUGCAUGCACAAGUUUGUUUGAUAUUGUAUAAUUCAUCUGAUUUCUGUUUAAUUUUUUCAUUGUUCUUUGGAAAAGCACACAUUGACUAUUAAACAUUUAUUUAAAAAUAUUUAAUAAAAUGUAAAAUUCUUGUAAGCUU